GGGGCUGCAUCCCGGCGAUGCCGGCGGGCCAGUGAAGGAGGAAGGAAAGGCCCUUACGGUGUCCUUGGCAUCCGGAUCGAGUUUUCCCCUGGCGUAAGGGUUAGUGCGCUACUGCCGCAGAUGAGGGAACGGGGGGAGACGCGGAGCAGGAGGAGAGACACCGAAGGUGACAUCGGUGACCCGCAGCUUCGCGGAGCUGCAACUGACUGCCAUUGCUGUAGUGUAAUGUCUAUUGGGAGCUAGAAGUAUUGGAAUGAAUCUGCCUUUUACUGUCUCCUAACCCAUUCAAGAUUCCAGCUGCAGUGAGCUUGUGGACAGAUUUGAUUUCUGUGUGAGAAAUAGACCUCAAGUCUGCUUUUAAGGAAGACAGCUGUUCAGAACUACAGAACUCACUCUGAAGAUGGCAGAAGCUUAUCAAGCAGUAGCUUUUCAAUUUACAGUAACUCCAGAUGGGAUUGACCUGCGAAUGAGCCAUGAGGCACUCAAACAAAUUUACCUAUCUGGUGUCCAUUCAUGGAAGAAAAAGUUCAUCAGAUUCAAGAAUGGAAUUAUCACUGGCGUUUUCCCUGCUAGCCCAUCUAGCUGGUUUAUUGUACUUGUGGGUGUGAUGUCAACGAUGUAUGCCAAAAUUGAUCCUUCUUUAGGAUUAAUAGCUAAAAUCAACCGAACGCUUGACACAACUGGCUAUAUGUCAAACCAAACACAGAACAUCGUGAGUGGAAUACUUUUCGGCACAGGGCUUUGGGUUGCCCUUAUUGUCACAAUGCGCUACUCUCUCAAAAUGCUGCUUUCCUAUCAUGGUUGGAUGUUUGAUGAACAUGGCAAACUUUCUCCAGGCACCAGGAUCUGGAUGACACUUGUAAAACUCUUCUCGGGACGUAAACCCAUGUUGUACAGUUUCCAGGCAUCUUUACCACGAUUGCCAGUUCCAGCUGUUAAAGACACAGUCAAUCGGUAUCUGGAAUCAGUUCGGCCACUUAUGGAUGAUGAAGAGUUCAGAAGAAUGGAGGGUCUUGCCAAAGAUUUUGCGUUUAAUUUGGGACCAAGGCUUCAGUGGUAUUUGAAACUAAAAUCCUGGUGGGCCACAAACUAUGUUAGUGAUUGGUGGGAAGAAUAUGUCUACCUUAGAGGACGUGGACCAAUAAUGGUUAAUAGUAACUAUUUUGCAAUGGACUUCCUUUAUUUAUCUCCCACAACCGUGCAGGCAGCUAGAGCUGGUAAUGUUAUCCAUGCCAUCCUGCUCUAUCGGAAAAAACUGGACAGACAAGAAAUCAAGCCAAUUCUUCUGAUGGGAUCUACUGUUCCACUCUGCUCAGCUCAGUGGGAACGGAUGUUUAAUACCUCCCGUAUCCCAGGAGAGGAAUCAGAUACUCUCCAGCACAUGAAAGACAGCAAACAUAUUGCUGUGUAUCAUAAGGGCCGUUACUUCAAAGUAUGGCUGUACCAUGACGGUAGACUGUUGAAACCCCGAGAAAUUGAACAGCAGAUGCAAAGAAUUCUUGAUGAUGAUUCAGAGCCUCAGGCUGGUGAAGAGAAACUAGCAGCUCUUACUGCAGGAGAUAGAGUACCAUGGGCAAAAGCUCGACAGGCUUAUUUUAGCCAUGGAAAGAACAAACAGUCCUUAGAUGCUAUUGAAAAAGCAGCAUUUUUUGUAACAUUAGAUGACAAUGAGCGAGGGUACACGAAAGAAGACCCAGUAAGGUCACUGGAUGUAUAUGCAAAAUCCCUAAUACAUGGCAGAUGUUAUGACAGGUGGUUUGAUAAAUCAUUCACUCUUAUAAUAUUCAAAAAUGGCAGAAUGGGUCUGAAUGCAGAGCACUCAUGGGCAGAUGCUCCUAUUGUUGGACACCUCUGGGAGAAUGUAAUGGCAACUGAGUAUCUUGAACUGGGUUAUUCAGAAGAUGGGCAUUGCAAAGGAGAUACCAAUCAAAAUAUUCCUGUUCCUACGAAACUGCAGUGGGAAAUUCCAGAAGAAUGUCAAGAAAUGAUUGAGAGGUCUCUGAGCACUGCUGUAGCUCUGGCAGAUGAUGUGGACUUCAAUUCAUUUUACUUCAAUACUUUUGGAAAGGGACUAAUAAAGAAAGCAAAAACCAGCCCUGAUGCUUUUGUGCAACUUGCCCUGCAGCUUGCUCACUAUCGGGACAUGGGAAAAUUUUCUUUAACAUAUGAAGCCUCUAUGACACGCUUGUUCAGAGAAGGCAGGACUGAAACUGUUCGUUCAUGUACUGUUGAAUCGUGUAACUUUGUUCGAACCAUGGAAGACCCAACUGAAAGUAAUGAAAAUAAGCUGAAGUUCUUUAGGCUUGCUGCUGCCAAACAUCAGCACUUAUAUCGUCUCGCCAUGACUGGUUCUGGCAUUGACCGCCAUCUCUUCUGUCUUUAUGUUGUCUCCAAGUACCUGGCUGUAGAUUCCCCUUUCCUUAAAGAAGUUUUGUCAGAACCUUGGCGGCUGUCAACGAGUCAGACACCACAGCAACACAUUGAUUUAAAGAAGAAUCCUGAAAUGUUAUCCUGUGGUGGAGGAUUUGGACCGGUGGCUGACGAUGGUUAUGGUGUUUCUUAUAUUAUCUUGGAUGAAACCUCCAUCCAUUUUCAUGUCUCCAGCAAAAUAUCUUGUUCUAAGACGGAUUCUCAUCGUUUUGGGAAAAACAUCGCGAAAGCAAUGGUUGACAUCAUGGGUUUAUUUAACCUUAUUAAAAACUGUAACAAGUGAUUUGCCUUGUUGGUACCAAGCAACCUCCUGUUGUGGGAUGCGAACUCUUCUGCACAGUGAACAAGAGCAAGGUUUGUCAAAGAGUAGCUGAUGAAGAAACUGAGUCAGCAUCUUCUUGAUCACCUAUGAAAACCUUAGCAGUGUAUUGAAUGUUUCAUUAAUUUUUUUUCAGUAGUUUGGAAGAGUUUGUUCCACAAAGGAUGGCUUUUGAAAUCUUGUCUGUUUCUAGGGAUGUAGUAUCAUUGCAUGAAGUCCAUGUGUAUUCUAACUCCUGCAGUUUUCUCUUAAUUUGUAUACACUUGCUCUUUUCUUACUUAAAAUUAGCCUACUUGUAUUCCAGAAUCAAAAGGAUAAAACACACCAUCUUAAACUCAAAUGUUAGAAAAAGUUUGACUUGCUAUGUAUCAAUAGCAGAAUGUUCUUCAAUGUAUCUGCUGCUGUAUGUCAAAGAAUGACAAAACUUGUGGCUGUUUAUUGUUUUCUGUUGUUCGGGAUUUUUUUUUUUUUUUUUUUUUUUUGUUUGUUUGGAGGUUUUUUAAAGGUAAUUUCUGUAAAGCAGACAAAACCCCCCUGAUAUAACCCACUGUAACACACCAAGAUGUAGAAAUUUUGAGGGUUUUGGAAAAACCCCCCACAACAUUGUUGUAGUAGUGCUACAUCAGGUAGUAAAUUGUGUCACCUAAUUAGCAGGUAUCACAUUUUUCUUACUACCUACAAGAAUGUUUGCCCCACAUCUUUGAUUUUCUUUCUCUAUAAAUAAAUGGACCUGUGUGCUUGUUCAGUUGAGUGCCUUAAAAAAAAACAAAGAUCCUAAACCGAGGAAAAAACCUGAUGGUGGGAGCUGGUUUUAAAUUGUCUUAGUGGUGAAGGAGGUGAAGUAAUAGUAAUGUAGAUGUAGUUUUCAAAUCAUAAGUUAGAUUGAUGUGGCAUGAGUAGAAUUGAAUAUGUUGUCAUAUGGUGCAGUUAGGUUUACAGCUCUAAUGAAAUGCUCCCAUGAUUCUCAAUGAAAUGCAGGAACAACUUUGUUUCAGAGUUACAUGUACGCCUGUGUUUAGUUUGGUGAAUGGUAUCAUUGGUCAUCUGAGGUAAGAGCUUCUGAGUCCCAGGGAAUGUCAAUUUAGUUAAAUGCAACCAGCUGGAUAGCCUAUGAAGCAAGCUGCCUGUGGAGGCUGAUCAGUUGCAGGUUGCCUGCUUUCAGCCUGGAAGGACCACUACUACUUUGCCUAUCACCUGUAUGAGAAGGGCACGCUAUUAAAGCAGUGGAAAAUAGCUCCAGAAUGGGAAAAUUCCGGCCACCUCAAACUCCUCCCGGGGGACAGUUUUGGUCAAGCAGUAUCUGAAGGAUACAAGAAGGAAGGAGAAAGCUAUUUCAUUCAAAAAGGAGCCUAGCGUGUCCAAGCACAGAAAUAAAACGGCUACUACAAAAUAGAGUAACUUUGUAUGUAAUGCUUCUCUUCCCCAGGCUUUUAGGUGUGGUUAAUUUUUAAAUCCUGCAGUGCAGUAAAGUGUACCUGCUAGUGCAACAGGUCUUUUAUUUUGUUUUAAAUGUAAGGUACAUUCUGUUUGGAAAUACAGUGAAUGAUGCUCCGCAGCUAUGCUGAUUUUAAAAGGCCUUUGGGGAUGAUAC